CCAACCCAAACGCCGCCUCCGCCGCCGCGGCCGCCGCCGCCGCUUCUCUCCGGUCACCACCACGACGGAAGCACACGCCUGCCGUUGCUCCGCCGUUCUUCACCCUACGGCUGUUUCUCGGACGCUUAGCCUGGUGGAUCCCUCUACGGGAGAUCCACAUCCAUCCGGACCAAAAAAUUUUGGGGGGAUUCGGGUGAUUUCACCCUUCUGAUGCUUCGCGCGCUUGUUGCUACCUGUACCGUUGUCUGAGUGGGUGGGUAAUUUUAUAUGGGAACCCGAAACCAUCUUUGGUUAGCCGCCAAGAGGACUUUGACAUGGUAUUUAGUCGGUUUCACCAUUUCCGAUCGAUAUGCAACCGUAGUAUCAGUGACGGGCGAUUCGAUGCAUCCCACGUUUACAGCGGCCAGUAGCUCCUUGAGAGGUGCUGUAGUGCUAGCCGAAAGGAGCUGCCUCCAAAAGUACCAGUUCUCCCAUGGUGAUGUUGUUUUGUUCAAGUGCCCCAGUGAUCAUAGGGAGUUGUUUGUCAAGAGAUUAAUUGCCCUGCCUGGGGAGUGGAUGCAGCUCCCUGGCACCCCUGAUAUAAUUAAGAUCCCAGAAGGGCACUGCUGGGUUGAAGGUGAUAAUGCUGCCUGCAGCUGGGAUUCUAGGUCAUUUGGCCCAAUCCCUUUAGGUCUAAUUAAAGGGAGGGUGGCCCACGUCAUCUGGCCACCGUCAAAGAUUGGACGAGUUGAUACAAAAAUGCCUGAAAAUAGAAUUUCACCCCUUUGAUUCGACUCACUACAUUGGAUUGUAUUUCAUUUCAGUUCGGCCUAUAACUUUAGUGCUUGCCGGUUGCUUAGCAGCUGUUCUAGUUGUAACAGAGUUUUUGUUUUCACAUUGUUCUGUACUUCUGUAAGCAAAAGCUACUUCAUUUAAAAUUGACCAAGAGGUAAACCCUCAUUCAGGGCCUUUGCAUUCAGUCAUUUGUUCUGUAAAUGCAUAUUAGUAUUUACUCC